AUAAGCAACUGUGCGGUGGUCUCUCUGAAUUGUGAUUGGUCACUCAACAUAUGUGGGGCCCUCCAAGAUCAGGAACGUGCAAUUAAUCAUGUAGGCUAAUUGGGAAUCACGUGGACAUGACUGAGAGGGUUGGGGUUGGUUGGUGGUAGGAAGAUGCUCCCUGGUCCUUUCUAUAUUGACCAAGUGUGAAAACUGACCAGGGGAGGAAUAAAGACGUGAUCCAACGCAGAGCGGGGCCCGAGAAGUCCAGGCAAAAACAUAGGGGGGGACAGGGACUGAUAUAGACUAAAGACAAGCGGGACUGAACAUGGCAGAAGGAGUCUGCAAGACCGAAGAGGAUGAAGGACCAAGCACAGAGGAGGACUCGGAAUCUUUCCACGGUGUCGGCGUAUGUAAAUGGUUCAACGUGCGCAUGGGCUUUGGGUUUUUGUCCAUGACCAACCGAGAGGGGGUCCCGCUCGAGUCUCCGGUCGAUGUGUUCGUCCAUCAGAGUAAGCUUCACAUGGAGGGCUUCCGCAGCUUGAAGGAGGGCGAGGCAGUCGAGUUCACCUUCAAGAAGUCAGCCAAAGGCCUGGAGUCCCAGAGAGUCACUGGGCCGGAGGGCACACACUGUGUGGGCAGCGAGAGGAGACCCACAGGCAAGAGCAUCCAGAAACGCCGCUCCAAAGGAGAUAGGUGCUACAACUGUGGAGGCCUGGACCACCAUGCCAAGGAGUGCAAGUUGCCACCCCAGCCUAAGAAGUGCCAUUUCUGCCAGAGCAUUGCCCACAUGGUCGCCAACUGCCCAAUCAAAGCACAGCAGUCCUCGCCACGUUCUCAGGGAAAGCCCUCCUCCUUGAAAGGAGACGAGGAGGAACACGGCCACUCGCCCCCGUCCCCCGUGAGCUCUGAUUGAACGAGGAGACGCAGGAAGGAAGCUGGGGGAAGCACAGAAGCCAAUCAAACUGCUUUACUGGAAAGAUGGCCGCUAAGUUUCCUUUCAACUAUAUAAGAUGCUUUUGGAACUACCUCAGGUUUUUGUAAACAAAACGAUCAUGAAGAAAGAAUGUACUGAAGUUAAUAUUUUUUUGGUGUAACACUCACAAAUACAGCUGUAUUAUUAUAGCACUCAGGAAAUAUUUGUAAAAAUGUAUGGAACCACUAAUGAGGGGUUUAAACUUGUAAUGGCACAUCACAUAUUACUUUGAUGUCUUUAUAGAAUAGAAAGUUGUUUAAUUUUUACAGAGCAGAUAAUGAGAAACCAUGCCAAUCACACUGGCAUGCUACUAUACCAAACUCACCAGGAAGCUUAAAAUCACAGUGUCAAGUAGAUAGCUAAACACUUUUGCUGCCUUACAACUUCUUGACUUUCCUGAUUGUUACACCCCACUAUAUCCGACAAAGAAAGAGUUGUGACACUACACCUCUGCAAAUGAAUGUUAGUCUCAUGGGUGGUAAUGGGUGGGUACAUAUGAACCGACAGGGUAUUGGGUAAUAGCUAGAGGCAAUGUAUUGGUGGCUGCCAAUAUUGUAAGUGACCAUCCAGAUGUCCUGGGGACAAAUGAAUGUCAAACCAAAUAGUAUGACUUCUAUGGCCAGCUUCUGGUUGUUGUUGUUGCGUAACUUCUUUAUGUUGGGCCGGCACAAUGCUGUCUCUUAGGUACUCAUUCUCCCUCGUGGUACAUGUCUGAUCUGCUGCUGCUACAUUACAACCAGACACUUAGACCCUACAGAUGUAGGAUCUUAAUUUGAUCACUCUUUUGUUGCUGAGAAUUUUCCAGCACAGCAGGAAAUGCAGCUUGUAGUGCAUUCAAGGAUUCUAAAGUUUGUAAUUUCCACUUGAAAAUGUCACACUUAAUUUGCCCUAAAGAAAAAUGUAUCAACCCUUAUAAAAAAAAUGUCCAUUAAUUUAUAAUCCACAUAAUAAAUCACAUUUCCUGUUGCUGCAGGAUUAUUUUCCUGCAGUAGCAAACUGAUCUUACAUCUGUAUAAUCAACUUGAUCAUCCUCUGCUUAGACUACAUACAUCAGCAUUUGGAAUUGAGCCACUGACUCCAGUAAUCACACCAAUACCUAUGAAAUGUUUCAAACAUAAGUAAUUUACCAUGUAGAAAUCACAUGCAAGAUUUGAAUGGAUUAUUGAGGUUGAUUCAGGAACCUACAUAAUCAUACUUGUCUCGUUUAUACUUGACAGUCAAAGCAGCAGCAGCAGCAUCCGGCGUUAAAGUAGGAGCAACAAAUGUUUUAUUCAGUGUCGUCAAUUACUAGGUACCUAUUUAAGACAUUGUCUCCAAGGAGCUUGUGGGGACUAUACAGGAACACCACAGUUGUAGUCACAAGGCACCAGAACGGAAGAGAACGGACUGAAACAGGGAGGGAAUACCAGAAUUUGCCCAAUAAGAAAUGCUUGUUUUCGUUUGUUGCGAAUCAUUUCUGCUACCGUGCACUAAUGAAUGUCGACCCAGCCCUGCAUGGAGGUGCAUUUAGAGCUAGCUAAGCCAUUCAGCCGUACUCCCGUUUUACAGGAGAAGCUGAAAGACAGACCUCCAACAUCCAAUUAAUAUAUAUUUAGAAUUAUUAUGGAGCCUUUUUAAAAUAGUCCUUGUUAUUUAUUUGUAUCUAAAUUGCGCUGCAGCUUCUCCUCAUAUUCAGGUUUAGGUCACUCUGUGAUAGCCUGGUCCCGGCUCUGUUUGUGAUGUCUUUCCAACUCCUAUUGUCAUUGUUACGCCAAACAAAUACAGAUCUAGGACCCGGUUAACUGUGACGGGUUUUCCAUUACAUACCAGACAUCAGAUAUCUUAGCCACUCAUGUCUGCCUUUAUCUUGUUCAAUGCUGUUUGAGUUUAAAGGGACGUAACACCCAAAAUCUAAGUUUGUCAAAUACCUCAAAGGGGUCUUCUGUUGAGGUAAGUCCAUGUCCCAGGCAAGUUUUAUAUCCAGCUAUGCCAUAAUCCAAAAUGGAAUUGCAGUGCUUAUCUUUUCCAUUAAUUUGGGGUUGAGGCAUAUAGCUGGAUCUAUACCACCAAUGGCAAAGGAUGUGCAUUCAUCUUGAUAUAAGACAACUUUUGUGGUCUAAAAAUAUCGGGACAAAUUUUAUGACCUUUUUAAUUAUUUUGUUCUCUUUACUUUGCCUUGUAUGAUUUACUGCUACGCACAAUUAGCUUUCCAGCGAUGUUGUGUUGUGAAUCUUCUCUUUUUUAUCUAUGCCAAAACCAAUGUCACUCUGCACUAAUCAUGUAGGAGAUACAUUAUUCUAUUCUAUUCAGUUUAAUCUUAUGAAUAUGUGUUCCAUAUUUUUAUAUUUUGAUUUACACGAUACUUUUGUGUGUAGGUGGUGAACGAAACGUGUAUAUAUAACCUCCACUCAGGCUUGUCUCUCAGGAAUCACACAUCUGAAAACUCAGGGAAUACUUCAGAUUUUUUUCAAAGGCUUGGAAGGGGAUAUGGAUGGGAUUGGGGUGCAAUGUUUCUCUAUAUUAGUUGUAUGUGUGCAGUGAAAGACAAGGGAGUGUUCCGGUGCCAAAUCAAAGUGCAUGACAAUAAAAUGGUAGAGGACCCCCGGGUCCAGUUUUGAAUGUCUCGGCAUAACAGCAAAACUCUCUUUUUCUCUAAUCCGCACAAAAUGCUUUAAAAUGCCAGUUAAUCAUGAAGAAUAAAACAAAAUCUUGGUGUCCUUAAAACUAGUCUUAAAAUGUUUUGACAUGUGAGACUAUAUGAGUUGUUAUUACACACGAUAUUAUAUACUCAUACCGUGUCAACAUAUCUAAUACCACACCUGCUGAUGUUCUCUAUUAUUUUUUCCCUACAUAAUAAUACGCCAUGAUAGGCCUGUAAUAUUCCUCUAGUAUUGUAUUUUUCCCUCUAUACUUGUUGUUGAUGGGGGAAUUUAGGAGAAUAUUGUUACCAUGGGUUAGUAGCAUUAUACACAUUGGGGUUGUCUCGUCUCAGUACGUGGCUCAAGCAUGGUAUUUCAGACUAUCAAUGACUAAUGUGACGAUCCCAGAUUGUUGUUAUUGGGUGAUGGGAUACAUUAUUUUCCGAGUCACACUGUUUAAGUUAAGUGGUACAUGUUUUAACUCAGGAUUUUGUGGUGAAAGCACACGUUCAUUGAUUCAGUCAUGUGGGACUAUAGCGCACAUAGAACAUCUGUGUAUAAUAGGAGUCAAGUUUUUUUAAAUGAACAUUUGUACUUGCCGGGUUUAGAAAAUGUUGCAGUGCGAAUGAAUGCUGAUUGCCACGGAUGAGCUACACGUAUACCCUUCCCAUUAAAAAAGAGACACACACCCACGUGUAAUUUUGCUCAUCUCUGGUUAGUGAGCCCUCGGAUGAUUCAAUUACAUCAGAGUUGUUUCACAAUGUAUCACUCUCUACGACCUCUCAAAUUCUCCACUGUGGACUGAUGAAAAGUAAUAUUACUAAUUUCUGCAGAGGACAUUGCUUAGAUCAUAACACUGUUUCACUGUUCUGGACUAGUAGAAAUAAGCAAUGCGAGUGCCAAACUGAAUGAAUAUAAUGUAAACAAAAUGUUGUACCUCAAUAACUACAUCAGCUACAUUGGUAUCUUGUAUGGCACAGCUAAAGUUUAACCAUGUGUGUUUGAGCAAAACUGUUUUACCUCAACCUAUUUUGACUCCCCAUUGAUGUGAUGUCACAUUGUGAUUUGAUUGUUGGUUGUUAGAUGGGUUAGAUGUAUCUUAAAAGGCAAAGUACUGAGUAUAUUAUUAUGUGCUCAGGGUUACAUGGAAACCACAGAAAAACAUAUAGGCUAGUGCAUACACAAGUGACCCUUGUGUCAUGUUUAUGCUUGUUGUGCCAUUGCAUCAUUUGUGAUCAAAGGCCAUUUGAUGCAGUGGUGUGGUAUCUAUGCGGGAUGUUGCCUGUCAUUUCCAAAGAAUGUGCAUUUAUUAUACUGAGGAAUGUAUCAAUGUUUACUGCCAUAAACCUUUGGCGCUUGGACCAUAUAAUCUUAUGCUCAGGUAUUUCAAGCACCUCAGGAAACUGGGGUGAUUGGUUGGAUUUGUUAUUCACUUCCUCAAUUCGUUAAAUGGCGUGAAGCAUGCAUUCCAAAAGAAACUGACUAACAGUUUACUGAUUUGUGAAGAUACAAUUUCCUACUAGGUAAUAAUAAACAUCUGCCACUAUUCA